GCGCACCUCGCGCCGCAGUCACUGUUCGUUCGACUCCUCGAGCAGGACGAUAUUGUUGAAAGAAGGAAACAAAAGUGAAAGAAACAAUCGUACAGAAAAAUAAGAGAACGAAAAUCAAGUUACGACGGGUUCGGUUUAAGCUCGGGCUGACAAACGUGUUCUUGUUUUUCACGCCUUCAUAAAGAGACCUUGUGCGUGAAGAGAAUCGGGAGUAUACACACCUCCCGGUUCGCGAAAUACCGUCGAGGCUUUCGUCGUGUAUUUUGUUGUGUUUUUUUUCCUCCUAUACCCAUUUCACGUUACAUCGUGCCCCCCGGAGUUAUAAACAGACUAACGUGCGCAUAAUUCAACGUUGAUUAAAAAAAAAAAAAAAAAACAAACAAAAAACAAAACAAAAAACGUGUCGAUUAUCUCAUUCGUCGCCACCCUCGUGUGGCAGCAUUGUUGUAUUUUUGUUUUCUUUAAUUUCAUUUUAUUAUCGUUUACCCAUUCUAUCGGGGCGUGUGUUUUUACGUGUUUUGAUUUGACAUUAAUCCCGGUGAAAUAACGCAGCCACUCGCGAGGGAAGCAGCGACGCACUUAUACUCGGCGGCAUUGACGGACGUACAUAUUUCGUCGAAAAACUAACGUCAACCCGGCGUCGAUUGAUUAAUUGAUCCGUGGUGAUAUAAGUGACAGACCAGAGGCUAUUUUUUACUACGCGAAUAUACGUGAUUGAAUGUACGUAACAUAAUAUUUCUUCGUUCGACCAACGAAGUCAGUUUUUUGUUUCUUUUUUGUCAUUCGUGAAUAUAUCUUUUCGAAACAACAAAUAAGAAUUUCGUAGAGCUCUUUGUUUUUCAUCACACAACAUGAAGUUCUCGUGGGUGUUUUUGGUCACGGUGUUAAUCGUUAUUAUCGCCGUGGCGGACUGCAAGAGAAAGUUCGACGGUGAUUUUGAAUUCGCCGAAGAGGAUGACACCCGCAUCAUGAAGGUUGGCGACAAGAAGCGCUGGAUUCACGACCCUAACAGCGAGCUUUGUCGUCCGCUGAACUGCAAGAAGAAGGAACUCUGCUUGCUCGAGGACACGUUCACUGCAGUGUGCGUUUCGAAGAAGGAACUUCACAAGGCCGGUGACAUCGUCAUACCGAAGUCACGGGCCGUACAGCAGAGACGAAUGCGCGCCGAGACCGCGGUCGACGGCGAGGACGACGAUGCAUUUUUCGAUUCCGAAGACGACGACGAGGACCAAGACGAAUCCAAAUGCGUCGAGUGUCCAGUGGUGAAGCCCACUUUCCUCUGCGGCAAUGACAAUCGCACGUACAGUUCGCCAUGCCGCCUCGAGUAUCACAACUGCAUCCAUCAUACGUCGGUGCACAUCGCCUGCAAAGGAUUCUGUCCCUGCAAAGUUGUCGUCGUGCACUCCAAAAAGGCGCAAAUGCAGAAGCAGAAAUCACUGCUCGGAAAAAUCAGUCGCAAUCGUGACAUCACAUUGACACCGCGGGACUUCAACUACGACAAUCACCAUUACCAAUACCUCAAAUACAGCAAACGUGGAAAGACCGCCGCUGGUGGCCUCAGCAGGUACGACGACAAGCAUCUCAUGAGCAACGAAAUUGAAAAAAAUCCCUCGACAUUGAAGUCCACUUUCAAUCCUCAAACGCCUUCCCGUAAUGCCGAGUGUCCACCAUCGUCCAAACCAGCCAUGGCGAAUCGACUAUUGGAUUGGUUUUCCGUCGUCAUGUCGGACGCCAAAUAUCGACGUCAGCACGUCAAGUCUAAAGGUCAUUUCCCUGCUGGAUGCCAAACCGAAGUCAGGUGGAUGUUUGGACAUUUGGAUAACGACGGUGAUCGACGAAUUUCCCUCUCGGAACUCUACAGUCUUGAGCACGACCAGAAUGAACCAUGUCUGAAACCCUUUUUGGACGCAUGCGACAUUGAUGGAGACAUUUUUGUCAGCGGAGCGGAGUGGUGCGAGUGUUUUUCGAAAGCUGAGCGGCCGUGUGCAGCGGUGCGCAGACGAUCAUCGCCGGAUUUCGCGCCAUCGUGUGAUUCCCGGGGUUAUUACCGGAGCACCCAGUGCCAUCGAGGUCUGGGUUUGUGCUGGUGCGUUGAUCCACACGGCGUGGAAUUUGCAGGCACGAGGACUCGUGGUGCGAAGCCAGACUGUGGUAAGUACGCGAUAGUGAACAAGAUCAGCAGCGGAGGUCUGAAAACGAACAGCGUCGAUUUGGACGACGACGACGAGGACAGCGACCAGGAGACAGCGCAGGAUCUCGAGGGCUCUGCCGACCAGCCGCUGGACUUCUAGGCGACAAUUGGAAAUCCGGAAAAGCACACGGAUAAGAAACCAUUUCAAGAGAACGGAGAAGCGAAUAAAACAAAUAACAAAAAACGCUGUGUAACCCUUCCUGCAAGAGAGAAAGAGAAAAAAUAACGACGAAGAAGUAGAAAAACUCUUUCAUCGCUCUGGCGCCCUUGCCGUGAAAUCCUAGCCGCGAUUGAAGAUUUUUUUCUAUCGAUAUACCACGGUACUUAACCGUCGUCCAUAAUUUAACCAUUCUCAAGAGCUCCUCACCGGUAUAAGCGACUUCAACGAGAACACUGAAUCGCACUACUGCGGGUAUUCGUACACCACUUGUAGUACAACUUUGAUAUUCCGAUCCAUGACUUUAAAACCCCAGCCCCUGCCCUUUUUUCCACUUUCAAGAUUCACCCUGGCCUAUCAACCAACCAUUACCGAGACAAACGCACGCAAAUUAAAAGAAACAUUCCUCAAUAUCGCCCAGCUCAAAGUACGCGAAAGAAAGAAAAAUUAUGAUAAUGUAUUUUAACGCAAAAGCGCAGACAUUGACUGAACGGAAAAAGGUCAAAGAAUUAUUUAACCUUCUCCUUUGAACCUGGGAUGAACUCCUCCUUGCACAAUGCACUUUAAAAAUAAUAUAUUAUUACAAAAUAUUUAUGCGAAAACUCGAGUGCUGCGUAGUGAGCUAAUUGACGAGGAAGAAGGAAAAGGGAAUAAAACGAACUCUAACUUAACCAGCUGAAAAUAUUCUUGCAGAUCGACUUAUUCUCGCUUUCAUCGGAUCGACUUACCCCACUUUUAGUAUCGUUUAUAAGAGAAGAACUUUGAAAUCGUCACAUUUGUAACAAGGGUAUGGCAGGGCUUGCGCUGGCUUUGUUUUUAAAUAUUUGAUGUUGAUAGUGUGCUUCAACAUACGAAAAAUAUCACGGCAUAAUGUCAUUCUUUAUCAAGAGAUGCGGUAGUGGCUCGAUCACCUUUAGGCCAAUAGUGGACGAUUAUUAUAAUUGAAGUAUACUUCUCAUCCGUGCUUUGUGGGUGUGUAAUAUGUAUUCGUGUUGGGACGUUAAAAUAGUCAAUUCAAUGAUUUUAGGCUACUCGUUAUUUUUCUUUAAUAAUAUAAAUUAAGAUUUGUUUUGUUUUCAAGUUUUCUUGAGUCCACUAACGAAAAUCUGAUUCCCCUUUCGGUAUGUUUUAUCGAAUUUAUCGAUUUUUAAAUUCACGUCAUCAUAUUUGACACGCUAAAAUUAAGGAAGCCAAAGUAAUGUGAAAUCCUUUCACUUAAUAAUAAAACGCCCUGAUCCAUAAAUGUGUAUCUCAGCGAAAUAUUGUCGACGAUUUGCAAUAAUAGGCCAUUGUAAAAGAACAAAAAACGAGGAAAGUCUGAGAGAACCGGAAGGAAAAAUGAUGUCCUGGACGGGAGCGUGGAUUUUCCAUGUUCAUUCCGUUUCUCUCGUUGCGACGAAACAUGAACGUAUGAAAAUAGUUUAAGAUGUUACGCUUAAAAAAAGAAAAUAACGACCUAUUUCUUACUCGCUGACGGAGUCGCUUUGACCCAAUUAUCCAAUGGGCCGAAUAAUCAUCCCUUCGGAUAAUCCCUUCUCCCUCUCCCAGCUAUUUAAUAAAGACAAAUUCGAAAGACCGGGCGAUGCAAUAUGGUGGUCGGAAUAAAAGCAAAGAGCAAAAAACGACGUUCGCUCAUUAGUCGAUUACGUAAGAUCGAGAGAGUGCGACACUUUGAUACGAGUGUUUAUAGUUAUUGGUAAAGGAAUCGAGAAGAUUCUCAAAAUUCAUGAAAAUCAAGAUAAAAACAGUGAAAAAAAUCAACCAAAACAAAACGAAAAAAAUCGCCAAACGUGUUUGGCCGAGCAUAUGACGUCGUUGUUCGUCUGGCAUUUCCACCGUAUAAAGAUAAGAGCAUUUUUACUUACCGACUUUUACUUAACGAGUAUUUGUGCGUAAAUGUAGAUUAUUAUAGAUUCAAAGUGAAAAAAAAAAAAAAAACAAGCGAAAGAAAGAAAAAGAAAAAAAAAUAAUAAAAAGAAAACAAAAUAUAAUCCGUAGAGAACGAUCAGUGUGACUAUGUGAAUAGACGAUAAAGUUUAGUGGCAAAAAAAACCAAAACAUUACGUAGGUGAAGUAAAUAACCCUCACGUAAAGAAAGCUCUUCCGUCCCCCCCCGUAACGAUUCCAAUAGUAGUCAAACAUUUAUAUUUGUGUUUCCGUUCAUUGAAGUUAAUUUCGUAUUUCAGAGCGCGAAAUAUGAAAGUGCCGUAUUAGUUUUGCUUGAAUCGCGUUGUACAUCUCUCGCUGUACUAUUUACGAUGGUGGGGCAAGGGCGAGCAAAAGAUUUCUGUUCGUACGAGCUGGAGUUCAUCUACAUGUGACCAACAUUGCAGAUAAACUUUCUCGACUAAACAUUUUUUAUGCGGACAAUCGACGAGCUGACAAAUUUGACGUGAAUGUCUGAACGAUACUUUCGUUUGAAAAAUGCUCUCUCAUUAAAAAAAAAAAAAAGGAAAAAAUAACGAUUAAAUAAAAAUAAACGACAGGAAAGUUGAAUAGAAUUUAAACCGAUGCUGUUAAUUGUCCAUUCGUGGUUUUCCAGCAAGUAUUAUUGUUUCGAAAUGGCACUAAUUCCCUUCCCCCCCCCCCCCCCCCCCCCUCCCAAUAGCUCAUACAGUGAUGUAAUUAUUUUUAUUCAACUAAAAUGUACCGGCAAUUCUCGUUCUAUUGAACAUAGUACACAACAUUCCUUUUGAAUGCCUAAACGCGUAAGUGUAUAACAAAUAAACGUAGGAAGUAAUGCGGCCACUCGAGAUUAAAAGUCAAUGAGAUCGAAGUUGAGAAUGAAUUUGGAAAAUACGUUGAUGAAGAAGAAGGAAAAUAUGAAAAAAAAAAAACAAAAAAAUAAAAAAAUCAUACAAACAAUUACUAUGCCUAUGCACCCUCAGCUACAUCGAGCGUAAUUCCGCCAUAAUUAUUCUAUAUACCGUCGAUCAUAGAGAUUAUAUAACAAUUAAUAUUUCCAGACAUAACGCGACCGGGCGCUAAAAGGCCGCUAAUUGAAAUAUUGUAUAUACAAUAACUGAUAUACAAUAAUGAACAUGUAAUCAUCUAAUGAACUUCGUACCAUGACGAUUGAUUUGUAAUAAGGAUAUUAUACUCCGGAUCGAAGCGUAAAGAAUUUUUACUUAAUUUCGAGGCUACCGUAGAUAUCUAAUCCGAUUGGUAUUGUACAUGUGGCUGUAAGAAUUCUUUAUGAAUAAAGAUUGUUGUAGAAAA